GUUUACUCGUAAAUGACUUGUCAUUUACUGAAAAUCGCUUUAUCGCUUGAUGGGAUAACUGUCAACAUUUUAUAGACCUCUUAAUCCUUCAAGCUACUCCAUUCCCUACAAAAUGGAACCAGUCCCAAUACCUGAAAAAUUACCAAUUUUAACGAUUAAUAAUGAAGUUUUAUUACCUGGAGCGCCUAUGAAACUCGAAGUUGCGAGUUUUACCAAUCAAGCUCUAAUGAAAGAUGUGUUGACUAAAGGAUUAAAAGUUAUUGGAGUCAUUCCUUUAAAGGACGAGUUAGAUGUUAUUAAAAAAGAAGAUGUUGGGACGGUUGCAUUAUUGGUACGGAUUUCUAGUUUUAACUACCCUCAAGAUACAGUUAUAGUUAUGACAAUUGGGCUCUGCCGUUUUGUUGUACAAGAAGUUCUUUCUUCAACUCCUUACCCUCUGGCACAGGUAGAACUUCACAAAGAUGUAUAUGAAGAAGAGAUUAAUGAAAAUGUGGGUAAAGUUUUAGAGAAUUUAAAAGAUAUAAUGCUCCCCGUUAUAGAAAGAAUUGGCUUGCUGCCUCUUCAAUAUUUACAUCAUUUUAAGGAUUUAAUGGAUAAUUUUCCAGCUUCUUACAUUAUUGACGUUUGUAUACAUGCCAUAAAUGCUUCAUUUGAAGAAAAGUUGAAGAUUUUAAAAUUAUUGGAUCUUAGAGAAAGGAUUGCUUUUGGAGUACCUUUGAUAAUGAAGUUCUUUGGAAAUGAAAGUGAUAUUAAAACACGUUUAUACCCUAGCAGGUCGCUCCCUAACUUUCCUGGUGUUUCAGUUAUUAAGUUUAAGUCAUCGCAGGGAAAGGCGUUGCAGCGUCACUUAGGCGAUUCAGACUUGGAAGAUUUAGAACAACGAUUACAAAAAGCAAAUUUUCCAGAGCAUGUUUCUAAAAUUAUUAACAAGGAUCUUGAAAAAUUAAAACGGUUAAGCCCAUAUAGUCCUGAUAAUGCAGUUAUCAGAAACUAUUUAGAAUUUGUUGUUGACUUACCAUGGUCCGUGUCUUCAAAAGAAACCUUAGAUGUGAAAGCUGCUAAAGUGCUAUUGGACAUUGAACAUUAUGGUAUGGAUAAAUUAAAGAAACGCAUCAUUGAAUUUCUCGCUGUAAGGCAAUUGAAAACAAAUGUGAAGGGACCUAUACUUUGUUUUAUUGGUCCUCCUGGAGUUGGCAAAACAAGCAUUGGACGUUCUAUUGCGCACAUUUUAAAUAGAAAAUUUCAGAGGAUUUCUCUUGGUGGUGUUUCAAAUCAAUCGGACAUACGAGGUCAUAGGAGGACUUAUAUUGGUGCUAUGCCAGGUCGCAUUUUACAUGCGAUUAAAGCUGCUGGAACAAAUAAUCCUGUCAUUCUUCUUGAUGAAAUAGAUAAACUUGGAAGUGGAGGCUAUAACGGAGAUCCCAAAGCUGCUCUUUUGGAAGUUCUGGAUCCUGAACAAAAUAUGCAUUUUACUGAUCAUUAUCUUAACGUGCCAUUUGAUUUAUCAAAUGUUACAUUUGUUGCGACUGCCAACUCGGCUAGGACAAUACCGGCUCCACUUUAUGAUAGGCUGGAAGUCAUCAGCGUUGAUGGCUACACAUCGGUUGAAAAGUAUCAUAUUGCAGUAAAACAUUUGCUUCCGAAACAACUUGAUCUCCAUGGCUUGGGACCUGAAAUGCUGCAGCUGACUGAUGAUGCAAUAUAUAAAAUAAUUCACGAAUAUACGAAAGAAGCUGGAGUAAGAUCACUUGAAAGAAAACUUGCUGCUGUUUGUCGUUCAGUUGCAGUAAAAGUUGCUGAAUCUUCAGAAGAUACACUUCCUUAUAUUAUCAAUGCUGAUAACAUUGAAGAUAUUCUUGGUAUGGCUCCGUAUUAUGGGGAAGAGAUUCUUACGAUUCCUAGCCACCCGGGCGUGGCCCUUGGCUUGGCUUGGACUGGGAAAGGAGGCUCGCUGCUGGUCGUCGAGGCGAAGAGGGUUCCUAAAAGUUCAGGCCAAAAAGCGAAGCUCAUACUAACCGGGUUGCUUGGGUCUGUGAUGAAGGAAUCGGCACAGAUUGCUUUCAAUUGGGUCAGGUCUGCUGCUUAUCAGUAUGGCAUUGUAAAAGAGGGCAACGAUUUGCUGGAGAAAAGUGACAUCCAUAUUCAUUUUCCUGAAGGGGCUAUUAACAAAGAAGGGCCUUCAGCCGGAGUGACGAUAGCGACAGCACUCAUGUCAUUGUUCACUGGAUUACCGGUGGCCUCUGGGUUGGCUAUGACGGGAGAGCUCACUCUUCAGGGACUGGUGUUGCCUGUUGGAGGAAUCAAGGAAAAACUUAUGGUAGCACAUCGGUUAGGAAUGAAAAAAGUUAUAAUUCCUUUCAAAUGUACAAAAACUCUAGCUGACAUUCCAAGCUGUGUUUUGGAUGAGAUAAAAAUAAUUACUGUGAAAACGAUGGACGAAGUAAUCGAGACUGCGUUUGAAGGAUUGGCCAGUGCAUCAAACCAUAAUCUUUUAUCGAGCAAACUUUAGAAUUUAGCCAUUGUAAUUUAUGUAAAUAUUUAUUUUAAACAAAUUAUCAUGGCACAAUAUAUAUUAAACAUUGUGAUAUUUUAGAGUUAAUAUUGUAUUAUAAUGGGUAGGAUGUCAAGCUCUCAUUUAUAGAUUUAAGAAAAUAAAUGUAAUGUUUGUUUUUUUAAAUUACAUUUUUGUUUAGUAAAACAAUGACCAUUGUUUUAUAUACUUACUUUUUUUUUUUGUAUGAUAGUUAACAUAAACUGAAUAUGGAGUUGAUUUAUUCAAUUCUACCUAAUAUUGUUGAAAAUGUAUUACCUUAUAUUUAGAAAUAUAAUAAAACUAAUUGUUCAAAUGUUCUUUGAAAAUAAUUGUUAGAAUGGUAUCUGGUUUAUAAGGGUUAUAGUUUUUUAUUUUUUUUAAUGUAACUUUUCUGAUAAGGUGAAUUGAAACUGAUUUAUUUCACUUCGUUAAAAUUCUGUGAAUUUUAAGGAUAACUAUUUUAUAUAAAAAAUUAUUAAUGUAACGAAAAUAGACUUUCUGAAACAAGUUGAA